AUGAUGAUAAUGUUGAUUUUUUUUGCGAUAUUGUAAACACAAUGCAGAUGUGCUGUGGGAGUGAUUCAAAACACGACUGAUUUUCACUUAUCUCCCGUCCCAGUUAACACUGCAUUUUUCCAUUUUGCUAAUGGAGAGCGUUUCAAGUGGAAACUAACUGCUGUAGUAGUGAGAGUCUUUCGUAUGUCUCUUCUUGCCUACCUGGAAAUACUGUUGCCAUGACACAGACAUGUCGAAGUUCUUGUCAAGAUCAUCCCUCAAUCCCACAAAGCCCUACAGUGACACUGGAAAUAAACAGUUUAUGAGAAUUUCUUGAGUAUUUGACUCUGAUAUUGGCAGAAUAUGCCACACAGCCUCCCUGCUUUGAUUCUGAGCUUUGUCAGUCUUAGUCAAGAAGAUCAUCAUACUCAGAUUGUUCUUUGAAGUCAAAUAAGUCAGUUACUUCGCUCAAGUACUCAGUAACGACAAACAGAAAUGUGAAUCGUUAUUGCACAUCAAAAAUCCCGAGACAUUUAAAUGAAUCUGAGCACAUGAUGCCGGAAAUCAACAGCACUUAGCCAAUCGAGUGCUGACGAGUGGAAUCUGAUGUCAUUGUGGCAUCACCGAGCCAUGUAGGCCUUUGAAAUGGAAGACAUUUGCGGGCAUUUUCUUUUACUUACUUUGAUAUCAUCUGGGAAACUGCCCUCUUUUGGAAAUUCAACUUGUGAGUUCUGUAAAUAGAGUAACCGAUAAAAAUGAGUCAUGUAAAAGUAUAUAUGUGUGUGUAUAUAACUGGAAAAAUAUAAUCUGCGUCUGAAUCAACAAGUGAGAUGCUCACAAACAGACUGAAUGUCCCUAAAGCGCCCAGCAACAUCUAAACAUGCACAGUGCAUGAAGAUUUUUGCUGAUGCGUCUGCUAACACCCACACCCAAUGGGAGCACACGUAUAGACAUGUGGUGACCUUGUUUGUGUGAUUGAUUACAGAUAUUUCUUAUGACUUCCAGUCAACAUUACGGGAAAAUACCAGAUGGGUGGUCUCUAACGGACUUGUGGUCUGUAUCUGCUCUUAAAGGGAUAGUUCACCCAAAAAUUCUAAUACUGUCCACAUUUACACAUUUUGUUCCAAGCCUGUGUCAGAGGAGACAGUGGUUUCUAUGCAUGAAUGUGGUGAUGAAGACUGAAAAAGGAUGCAAAGUCACUUUUUAGGUUUUCUGAAGCCAUGGGAUGAACAGUUCACUCUCAGAAAUAAAGGUACAAAAGCUGUCACACGUCUGUCACUAAAGGGUCCUUAUUGGUACAUUAAAGGUACGGUACGUAGUAGCACCUAAAGCUGUCGCUUUUGUACCUUUGAGUGUUGAAACUGAAGUUGUCAUUGACUGAUGAUAGGGACUUUAUGAUGGAAUGGCAACAGUGUUCUGCAAAAACUUUUUAUUCUGCUACUUUGCGACAUUGUACUGUUACUGUCUACAACAGGAAAAUGGCUAAUUCUGAUCUCAGUAGUUUCCGUUUAAUGCUAAAUGCUUGCUUUUUUAAAAUGACACAUUUUUCGAUUUCGAUAAACGAGUGCUAUACGCUCCACCGACCUCUCUAUUGUCUACGGCACUUAACAGUUUACUUCUGGUCGCCACUGCUGGGAUUAGAUCAUUAAAUGAUUCAAUGACUUUAAUGAAAACCAUGAAUGAAUCAUUCAGAACUGUUUUUAAAUAGAAGUGGAAAAUCACUUGAAGUUCUAAUGCAAACAAACGAUUACUUUGCAAACCAGCUAUUGCUACAUCUUUAACACAACCCUCACACACAAUUGCUACCAUAUGGCUGUUCUGGAGAAGUUAAUUGGGAUUUCACAUUUUUGAGACUUGACAUGUUCAUUCAUUGCCUUCAUUCACCUUCAGAGAGAUUUUCCAGAAAUUCUCCUUUUGAUAUAUACAGGUUUGUAAUAAUAUGAGGGUGAGUAAAUGACAGAUUUUUAUUGUUUUUAUCUAUUUUUUAAGAUUAAGAUCUCUUUUCAUUGUCACACUUUUAAGAUGAAAGAUUACAACGUCUGUUUCUAAAAAAAAGAAAGAAAGAAACAUACAGUUGCAGAACUGACAUAAGGGAAAGUUUCACUGUCUUUUCAUAGGUUUAGAUUUUAUUAACUCUCCAGACAGGCAAUCUGAUAAAAUUACAGACAAUGCUUAUAACUCAAUUGAAACGAGAUGUUGGCUUAGAUUACAGCAAGAUGAAUCAAUGAAAUGUAUGAAGACAUGCUUUACAUAGUGAAAGCAAUGAGUUUUCUGUUACCAUGAUCGCAUCCACCCUCAUGUCACCCACAGGUGAUGCGGAGUUAAUAGCGCACCGUUGAAUGCGUGGGAGAGACUCAUAUCUCAUUACAGUCGACAACUUCAUCCGGUACAAGAGGCAUUUCUAGUGAGACUACAGUUAUUUCAACUUCUUGAGAAGCAGGCAUGGAUACAGCGCGGGCAGCUAGGGCGCAUAUUAUCUGGACAUCGAUAGCAUUGCUCUUUAUUUUAGUCGCAUCGUGCUUGACAUAUUUCUUCAUGUCGAAGGUGCCUGGAUGCCAGAGAAUUGGCAUCGUGAAUGUCUCUGCGAUAGAAAAUAUGUUCCGACAUAUCGCUCGAGAGCAAGUCUCUCGAGAGUACUGGCUUCUAACAGCUCGGGAACAGAGAGAUGACUGUUUGGUCUGGGAGGACGAGUGGCGGGGAUACAGGAAUGGCAGUGAGAGCAUUCUGGACCACACCAAAAUGUCGAUGGUCAUUCGAGAGAAAGGCGCCUACCUGGUCUACAUACAAGCUAACUUCGUUCUGAGAUCACAGAAUAAUAGCAACUCUGCUGUAGACCUCAAAAUCCUAGUGGGAUUAAAUGGUGAGGAUAUGUUUUCAGCUGCACAUGACACUCAGAUGGUGUACGGCAGCUCGACUCCAGACGCGAAGCUCAACACUUUCCUUCUGAUGAAGAUGGACUCAUCAAGCAAGUUAUCGGUGAAAGUACGUCCAAGUAAUUUGGUGAACUUCCAACCGCGACCCUUCUCCACUUUCAUCACUAUCAUAAAAUGGGCAGACGACUGGUAGACUGCGAUUCUGGGUGAAACCCAUGUCCGUGUCCGAUUUGUACAAUGGCGAUUGUUCUUAUAUUCUUUUUAGCUUUAAAUGUGACAUUUCGAGAGGAUGCGGUCUCAAGAUCAGCUGCUAGAACACCUGAGAUUUUCCAGCUGUUGUACUAGGAAAUGCUCGCUGACAUUAACAAGGAUUGCGUGGGGGUUGUGAUACUUUCUUGGUGUUUUUUCUUCUUCCUUUCGAAAUAUGAAGAUCACAUCUCAUGAUCUUCUCAGAAGCAUGACACAUUUUCCUCUCAACAGAUGUAUGAGUUAGGUUUGUUUUGUUUCAGUUUUUUUAUGAGUCAACACGAAAAAGGGCACGAUAUACUGUUAAUGAGCACCGACUUUGAAGAUUCCCAUGUAUUGCGUACAUAAAAGAUGUCAUAAGUGCCUGCAAACAUUGUUUUACAAAGCAGAAAGUAGUAAGCUAAUUAUGAGCAAGUGGGUAUUUCUUGAGCGUAUAUAUAAUCGUACAUUUUAAUCAUCGACAGCUGAAUGUAAAAAACCUCAUAACACCCUAUCUUUGUCCAGCGUCAAUAUUUGAUAUGAAUGCUCACUGUGUCAAAAGCUAAGGAGCAAUAUUUUAUUGUGUAAAUAUGUACUUCUUUUUUUUAAGACAAGAAAUUCGCAUUUUGUGCUUGAAAUGGGGUGCCAAUUUUUAGCUGUAAGCAGAUUGAUCCAGCCACAGAAGCACAUAUUUGUUUAUGAAUGUCAUGGAAAUGUUUUCCAAUGGGGGUGGUGGAUUGCUAGGGGUGGUAGUGGUGAAAAACAUGAAAAAAUUACCACUAGUUACACUAAUCCAGUCAGUCAAGCAAGCCGUAUAAUUCUGAACAACAUCAGCUGUUUUCAUGAGACAGUGAAGUGUUUUUCAUUUCCAGCGAAUGGGAAAAUUUCUUCUCCAAAGCCAGCAUUUUCUUUAGUCAAGAAAAUGCCAUUUAUGAUGACGUAGACUUUUUUUGUAUUCAGUUAACCCAAACCAGCUGGCCAAAUCGAAAGAAUAUAUUUUUUAAAAAUAGACUAACUUUAAUGUUUUUUCUCUUAUUUUCCUUUUGUAUGAAAGUUUUGUUCUUUCACAGCUAAGCCCUUAUACUUGUGUUUAUACUAAGUUCAUGCUGAGUGAUUUCAAUUGACUACGUUUUUUUUUUUUUUUUUUUUUUUACUGUUCUCAAAUAUGCAAACAAUAUUAUAUUUAUAUACAAUUUGUAAUAUUUUUAUUUAA